UUUCAAACCAGAAAUUGCCAAACUAAUAAUCUAGUUCUGACCAUUGAAAGUCCUUGAAGGUUCAAUCAUUGAGCGUUUACAGCGCGUCAAUUUGAGUGCAUGGGCUACAUAUCUAAUUUAGACGCUGGAAAUGACGGAUGACGCACUAGUACUGGUUUUUAAGGCCUUAGAUACCGAAAAUAAAGGAUAUAUCACAGUUGACCAAUUUGUUACGACAUUUAAGGAGUUUUACAACUCAAGUGGAUCUCAUGGUGAACGGCGCUCUUCGUUUUCCUCUAAAGAAAUAAUGAAAGUGGUACAAGCACUAGACCCUGAAAACGAUGGAGUUAUUCAUUUCGAAGACUUCAAGAAGGCCUUUGAGGGAAAUAUCACUCUUGAUGAUGAUCAGAAUUCAAAACACUCGAAUAACCUUGCUAGAACGCUGGAGGGCCAAAAUACAUCCGUGAGGUCUAGUUUCUUAUCGGACGGACUUGAGAAUAAGACCGAUGAUAGUGGUGUGCAUAUGCAGGAUCCAACUUUAUUCGAUAUAGACACUGAUUCUGCCUUAAGUGCUGAUGGACCGCACAAUACCCGUUUACAACGGGGUGAAAUUAGAAGCAGUUGGCCGAAACAUAGUGCUAAUCCUAUGUUAAGCCUACACCAUGGUCCAGAUUCUCCAGCUAGCGCUUCCCAAUCCGAUAUAUUAGUCGGUGAUAUGGAGAGUAAUUUCGAGUUGAUUCGAGAUCAAAUGCGAAGAAUGGAGGAGCGGGUUCAAGAUCUUAAAAUUGGCAGAAGUUCUGAAAGUGAAACUCGUUUAGAUCGUUUAAGAGAGGAGAAUGCUCGUUUAACCGCUCAAGUCACUGUACUAGAAGAACGUUUAAAAGAGGCUGAUGCACGAUCCAGUCGUGCAUUAGAAGCUGAACGACAGCAUAUGCAGUCAAUUUUGUCACGCUCUUCACGAGAACAUACACAAGAAUCAGAAAAUCUACGUGCUCGUAUCAGUACUCUGGAGGCAGAAUGUUCUGAAUUACGUGUUCAGGCAGCACGUAUCAAAGCCGAUAACCAAGCGUGUAUCAUUGACCUUCGACGAACUAAUGAACAAUUCAGUGAGUCACAAGAACAGGUUCGUAGUCUUCAAGAAGAGAUGAAUUCAAUGAAAAAUAGGCAUGCUAAAGAAAUGGAGGUUUUAAGAAAGGAUCGUGAUCAUGCUGUACACGUGUUAGAAGAAUUAAACGGUUCAAUGGGAGGCAAACGACGAAGCAGAGUGGGUUCAGGUUCAGGCACUAUAGCUGCUGCAGCAGCUGCUGCAACUGGCAGCUCUGAAGUCUUAGCACGUUAUCAAGAAGUUCAGGAGAUCGUCCGUCGGUUAACUGCUGAAAACAAAGCAUUACGACAACAAGUUGAAGAAGCCCAAGAAGAACUCCUUACUCAAUCACUCCAACAAGGUAGGAGUUUGAUACGAUCUUCUGAGAAAAGUUGGGCUGCUGAAAUCGAUAAUUGCACUAAGGAAGAGGUUGUCGAAUUGUUAUCCAAAGAGAAGUAUGCCAAUGAACAGUUACGCAAAUAUAUUGAUGAUUUGAUAACACGAAUUAUUGAACGACAUCCGUCUCUACUGGAAAUUGCCAGCGGUGGUGGAGGCUCAUGAAAAGGAAAAAAAGAGCCAGCCAAAGAGAAUUUGUAUCUAUAUACCUAUCUGUCUAACUAUCCAUGUUACUUAUUGAUCAGUGACUAAAAAGCACACUUAUUUGAGAUUUCUUUCUUCUCUUUUCUUUCACCCCUCCAAUUUUUAUAAAUAUAUAUUAAAUAAUUAACAUGCAUGCAUAUUUUUUUCACAGACAAACUGUCAUCCCAUUUUUUUUAUAUUUUGCUCAUGUUUUUGACCACAAAACGAAGUUACAUGUUGCAUACUCAUUUUUAUGUAUACGUAUUUGUAUAUUGUAUUUGUGUGAGGGCAUUGUUAUUCAGAAUUUGGUUUGCUUUCUUACCAACUGAAAGUGAAACAACGUAGUCAUAGCAGUAGUAACAUGCACGCGCUCACCUAUAACUUGUAACUUUUCUUCUUCCUCUUCUUACUUAAAGUAUUGAGUUUUGAAAAAAUCUUUUUCGCCUUUCUCGGUCCACUUUCUUUUGAGUGUGCGUGUGUGUGUGUGUGUUUAUUCAUCCAUAUAUAUCUGCGCGUCAUGUUUUCUGAGUAAAGCAGCAUGAUGACGUAGCAGAUCGUAUUACACAGAUUAGUAGUAACACUUUUGACGAAAACAACAAUACCGUACAGCUUGCGGAAGUCGCGUAGUUAGAGGAAAGAAAGAAAAGAUUCUUCUUUAACCUCCAAACAUUUAAGCUAACCUGCACACUUUUCUGUGUUUUGAUAGAACUGAAUAACACGAUACAUUUCGUAAUUAUUACUAAUAAUAUUUUUCUGCUUCCUUAUUUAUGUGUGUAUUUUCUUGUGCUACAACUGCAAGCCUUCUAACCGUUGAAUCUAUUUCAACUUGUGAUUACCUCUCUUCUGGGCUGUAUUACAGCAACAGAUUCUGCAGUGGUGAUGUGAUAGUGUUUCAUAAUUUGUUAUCCUGUCGUUUCUUUUUUCUAACACAGCCUAAAAUGUCAAUUUUUAACCCCUUAUAUAUAUAUAUGACUUGUAUGCACAUAUCAUUUUCACCUUUUCAUUAUUUAAUAUCUAUUGUUUACCUGUUGGUUGAACGAAACCUAUUCUCUUUUCCCCUCUUUUGUUUUUCUAUUAACUAAUGAGAUGAUAUUAGGCUUAUCGACCAAUGGAAGGAAAUGACUGAUAUUCAUCAAUAGUAUACACUGAUGGCAAUGUUUCUCUUUCUCUCUUCCUUUAUCCCAGGUCUGUUUUUAGGCUAAUGUGAUCGAUCAUAUGAGUUAAAUAUGAAUAUUGGUGAACUUUGUAAUCGUCUCUGUGCACUUUUUUAUGUGCGAUCAUUUCUUUCAUCUUUGACACAUUUUGCUUACUACUCCCAUUAUUACUGUGUGUAACAAGUUUCUGUCUCAUACCGUACGCUGCCUUUACGAGACUGUCAUCACAGAUAUAACGUUUCCAGUGUAUUUUAUCAUUGUUUGUUUGUGCUCGCGCGCGCAUGAAUGUGCACACGCGUAAAAUAUUUUAUUUUUUUAUCACUUGUUUGAGUGAUAACCAGAGAAAAACAGUAAACACGCGCAUAUUUUGAAAGCGACGCGUUGUGAUUGUUUCAUAUGCAUAUUUUUUAUUACUGUUUGUUUAACAAACCGCCUAAAUAAAGCAUUGGUGUUGACUUAUUCAACAUUGGGGUUGCUUUUUUUCCAUGCUCAGCUAAUCAAUAUACGAAGAAGACUCAACCAACUUCGUUAUAUUGUAUGUUUGGUUUUUUGUCUCCGAGAGAUAACAUACAUAUCCAAUAUUCCUUUGUGUAUAGCAUAUCUUUUUUGGGUUAACCACCUUUUUUGUAUCCUAUUUCUUUUUCAUCGAAUUGUUUUUGUUUUCUUUUAUACUUUUUUCUCUGUCGCCCUUUUGUUUUCUAUACGGAAUAGAUUAUAUAUAUAUAUAUAUAUAUA